AUGAGCUUCGGCUGGAGCGCCGGAGAUGUGUUACAAGCUGCCAAGAUCGCCUGGGAUGUCUACAAGUGUAUCGCUGACGGAACUCAAAAUGCAAAGGUUGAUUUCACACAGUUCAAAGCAGAGUUUGAGUUGAUGAGAGCAACCAUCAAAGAGUUACAAGAGGCAGAGAAUGAGGUCCCCGUGUCCAAGAGGGUCGCCCUCGGUCAGUCGUAUCAGCAAACUAUCAUCGAAUGCACCGAUUUCGUCAAGAAGCACCAAAGGCUAGCGCGCGAUAUACAUUCAGGCGGAUCCAAAGAACCGUUACAAUGGCACAAAGUCUCGGACAGAGUCAAGACGCUUUUCCACCAAGUUUCGUGGCCGAUAGAACGCAAAGAAGCCGAACGACUGCGCCGCGCGCUUGAGCGGAAUGUCCAGCUAGCGAACUUGAUGGCAACCAAUACCGUGAUUGAUAUACAGAAACAGAAUAGGCAGGAGAAUCUGGAAAUUCUGCGUGCAAUUAAAAUCAUGAGCCUACAGAUAUCGUUCAUCCUCCGCCAAUGCAUGCCUGGACAUAGUUCUAACAACAGGGACAAUACUCUGGAAAGCCGGCUGUUGUCCGAACUUGGUCAGCGAGCUCUACCACGGUUACGAGAUACGGAACAGCUGCCGCCGUUGCUGGAGUUUCCUGGCACAAGGUCCGACGAGCGGGAGUCGAAACCCCUUCUUCGCAUCCAAGAUGUCUCCCAGAAGCUAGAGCACCUUAUCAUGCGUCGUGAUAUGCCCGUCGUCGGCUUCCUAGACCAGAUCCGAGCGGAUAUUCGUGGCGCCUUGAAUCAGGCUGGGUUCAAACAUGUCACCGUUCCUGGUCAACUGGCGUUGAAUGCACCUACUAAACCCAAAGAGCCUGCGCGAAUUUUGAACAAGGAGAUUGAUGAAUGGGAAAAAUUCAGCGACUGGGUUAAAUUUCAGCUCCUGCACCAAGAGCGCGCGAUCACCCCGGCAGGGAGGGAACACUCGACACAUGAUAAUGACCCUCCCGGGGAACCACCACCUACGCCUCCACUGGAUGCGCCCAUCAGUACUCGCUACCGGUGCACGAGAGUAGAGACCCAAUGUCCUGUAGUGAUGCAUUUUCCGGAUCCGAAUCUCAAGAACCAUGAAUUACACAAACCGGUUAAAUGCACAAUAACUGUCUACCUACAUCACCGUACCCGCGAUGUUGGCUUCAUUGAGGCAACAGAUGUGACUGGCGCCGUGAAGCUAACUCAUCGAAUACACGAACCCACAUUCCGAGGAGCCCAGAGCUCCAUGAUUCCAUAUAUCGAGAGUGCUCAUGUUGUCAACGACCCGACCAGUCCGUUUAGGAUAUGCUUUCAGGGGUCUCACCGUGUUAAGAUUGAAACGAAUGGUGCUGCCGAAAGAUAUGCCAUCUCGCCGGUAUAUAUCUGUCGGAAGAAGGGUGACUUUGUUGCUUUCCAGAGCAUACUCCUGGGGAGAAAUAUUCUCUACUGCGGGGACGUCAAAUAUAUCAACGCCGAUGGCGUCGAGGAACACUGCUCGCUUGAGACCAUUCGUGUCCUUCAGGACCCGCUCACGUCAGCGCGGAGCUUACUCUACUUUGGCAAACUCAAGCCAGGCUCGAAUGCAAAGAUGGGCUUUUUGGAAUGGCCUUUGGACGGAUUCGUUGAACUUAAGUACUCGAAGCUAUCAACCAGGCUUCAACUGCAGGGAGGGGCCAUCACGAGACGGAACUCUAUGGGAAGUAUCGGCAGCAUGUUGUCGAACGAUUCACGCCACUCAACCAUGUCAAUGUCGAGUUCAGGUCGCCACAUAAGACAGUUGGCAAUUGUCUUUCAUGACGAGAAAGAUUGUGAAGCAUUCCGUAACACACUUCGGCAAUAA